AGCUACUUGGGUGAGAAGAGUGGUUGUACUCUAGUGACAGAUCAGCUCUGCAGCUAACGAUGUCCAGCCUGCGCAUCCGUGUUUCAGAGGGUUUCUCUCGGUGUAGUGCGAUUUUUGUUUUUUUACAGGUUGUGUGAGUUGGCAGAGCAGCAGCGCCUGUCGGAGCUUUGAGCGGGAGGAUGGAGGGAAGCGAAGGGGAAGAGAACGAAAGCUCUUCGGUGUGGAAACAGUUUAAAGCCAAAGCUAAGCCGCUGCUCAGUCCCAAGCUGGGUGGCCGAGAGCCGGAGGAGCAGAGCAAGCGGAGCAUGUGGAUGUUCAAGAAGACGAAGCGGAAGGAGAACGUUGCUCUGGACCGCAUUAUUUCCUCCUCGCAGCCCGACCUGCUCUUCUCCUCCAAGGUGGACGUGAAGCCGCAGGAGGUUCCGCUCUGCGACAAAGCGACCGGGAGCGGCUCCCUUCUCGGUCGGGAGAAGCUGCACUCGUCCAUCAAGCGGACGUCCGUCGGUGCGAGCAAACCCACGGUGGCUCAGCUGGUUCAGUCCCACCACAAGAGCUCCUCGCUGGGGUCUGCAUGCUUGGAGAGGCUGACGGAGCCUCCAAGCGGCAGCCGCGGGGGCGACGCCGCCACAGCGGAGGCGGCAGCGGUGGAAACAGUGCUGGAGAGGAAGCAUGAGCAGGCGGGCAUGGGGGCUUCCUGUUCCUCAGGGACCCCUGCUGAAGCUUCCGCUCCCACCUCAGGGAUGUAUAAGCUGGAGAUCGAGCUGAAAAGAGGACACAACCUGGCCAUCCGAGACCGUGGAGGCUCCAGUGAUCCCUACGUCAAGUUCAAACUGGCUGGUAAAGAGGUGUUUAGAAGCAAGAUCAUCCACAAAAACCUGAACCCAGUGUGGGAUGAGAAGACAACACUUGUCGUGGACAGUCUUAGUGAACCUCUGUAUGUAAAGGUGUUUGACUAUGACUUUGGUCUUCAAGACGACUUCAUGGGUUCUGCUUUUCUUUACCUGGAGUCUCUAGAACAGCAGAGGACGAUACCUGUGACUCUGGUGCUGAAGGACCCUCUGCUCCCCAAUGAGGACCUGGGUUCUCUGGAGCUGGCAGUUACCCUGAUGCCUAAAAGCAGCCCCAUAGAGGAGCAGCGAGACACAGCACAUGGCGAGGUUAAGAAGUAUCGGUGGAAGCCUUAUGUGCAUAAAACUAUGCUGCUCAGGAGGUCCUGGAAACGAUCCCAAAAGCAGCAGCAGUCAAUGCGUCUCACUGAGGUGCAUCGGAAAUCCCAGCUGUGGCGAGGAAUCGUCAGCAUCACACUGAUCGAAGGUCGGAAUCUCACACCCAUGGACCCCAACGGCCUGAGUGACCCCUAUGCCAAGUUCAGGCUAGGACCACAGAAGUACAAGAGCAAGACAGUGCCAAAAACCCUGAGUCCUCAGUGGAAGGAACAGUUUGACCUGCAUCUGUAUGAAGAAACCGGAGGUGUUCUCGACAUCACAGUGUGGGACAAAGACACAGGGAGGAGAGACGACUUCAUUGGACGCUGCCAGUUGGACCUCUCCACCCUGACUAAAGAGAAGACCCAUCGCUUGGAGCUACCGCUGGAGGAGUGCCGGGGUGUCUUGGUGCUGUUGGUCACGCUGACUGCUUCAGCGGCGGUCUCCAUCGCCGACCUGUCGCUUACACCGCUGGAGGACCCUGAGGAGCGCAGAGAGAUCCUCAGACGAUAUGGUCUGAAGAAGUCAUUUUUCAACUUAAAGGAUGUGGGUAUUGUCCAGGUGAAGGUCCUAAGAGCAGAAGGACUCAUGGCUGCAGAUGUAACGGGUAAAAGUGACCCGUUCUGUGUGCUGGAGCUGAAUAAUGACAGGCUGCAGACUCAUACUAUAUACAAGAAUCUCAGUCCUGAGUGGAACAAAGUCUUCACCUUCAAUGUGAAAGAUGUUCAUUCAGUGCUUGAGGUGUCAGUGUUUGAUGAAGACAGAGACAGAAGUGCAGACUUCCUGGGAAAAGUAGCCAUUCCUCUUUUAAAUGUCCAUAACGGCAUCCAGAGAGCGUACCUGCUGAAGAACAAGGAACUCACCAGCCCCACCAAAGGACUCAUCUACCUGGAGAUUGAAGUCAUCUACAAUACUAUAAAGGCUGCUUUAAAGACUGUGGUCCCUGCAGAACAGAAAUACAUUGAGGAAGAACCAAAGGUUUCCAAGCAGUUGCUGCAGCAGAACUUCAACCGGGUGAAGAGGUGCAUCAUGGUCCUUUUCAGCUACGGUACUUACAUUAACAGCUGCUUUGAGUGGGAGUCAUCACAGAGGAGCAUCACUGCUUUGAUUCUGUUUGUGAUGGUGGUGUGGAACUUUGAGCUCUACAUGCUACCACUUGGCUUGGUUCUGCUGCUGGUUUGGAACUACUUCUACUCAUCAAGCAGAGAAGUGGCUGAAAUGUCUAUGGAGGCCAUGUUUGAAUGGGAGGAUGAAGAAGAGGACAAAGAAGAGAAGGACUCGGAGCACAAAGGCUUCAUGGAUAAACUGUACGCCAUCCAGGACGUGUUCAUCAGUGUACAGAGCGCUCUGGAUGAAGUAGCAUCUUUUGGAGAGAGGUUAAAGAACACCUUUAACUGGACAGUGCCUUUUCUAAGCUGGUUGGCGAUCACUGCCUUAUGUUUGGCCACACUUCUGCUCUACCUCAUACCACUACGAUACCUUGUGCUUGCAUGGGGUGUGAAUAAGUUCACCAAGAAGCUUCGUGAUCCAUACAUGAUCGACAACAACGAGCUUCUUGACUUCCUGUCCAGAGUCCCGUCUGAUGUUCAAAUGAUGCAGUACUGUGAGCUGAGAGUGGAUCCUGGACAAAGCCCCAACAAACGCAGGAGGACCAACCUGAGCUAGCUGUAAACUGUAAACAGUGUAAAUUCUGAUUUAUUUGGAGUGUCUCUUGUAUAUUUGAUCCUGAUAAAGAGCAUUUACUCUACUAAUUUUUAUUUUGUUGCUACCAGACUAAAUUAUUUUCUAAAUAUUUGAAGGAAAAAAGGACACUUGAUGUUUUUCAGUUUUUCAAUCAUUUGUUCCUCUCCGCACAAUUUAACCUCCUAUGUUACAAUAACAAAAACAAUGGAUGUACAUAUGUAGUCUGCAUGCAGUGCCGAUGUUGCAUGGAGCUGGAAUACACAUCUUUAAACAUUUCUGUGCCGUUUUGAACUGAACGUGUUGUCGCAGUGAGACUUUUCCUAAAACAGAGCUGCAUGCUGUUUCUGCUGCUGGUAUUCCAUGUGAUCCCAGGAUAUUCUUACCCUCAGUAAACAUUAUCACCUUCUUGGUAAUAUUCUGCAAGCACUGCAAGGUCCACUUUUAUACUAUAUUAUUGUUUUUUUGUUUUUUUUUGUAUUCUCGUCAGUUGGGCAAACAAAUGUAUUUGUAUGAAUUUAGCUUCAAAUAUGCAUCACUUAUUUUUUUCUCCACUGAAAUGAAUAGCUUGGAAUUUUCAAUGGGGGUUCUCAUGAGAGGUUAUAAGUAGUCAGUGUUUUACUUCCAGUAAGUAGCUUAAGCGUCUGAGUUUGGAAAAAGCAAGAUUAUAAAGGGGGGGGGGUCUUGCAGUGGCUGAUGAAUAAAACUAAAGCAGUUAUCUGUCAGCUCUGAUCUCAGAUAUCUCUCAGCAGUUUAUCUGAAUACUAUUUAUAAAACUUAAAGCAUUGUCUCAUUGACAGUAGAUGUUUAUUUACAUUAAAGGGAUUGUUCUGAUUUUUUUAAAUAGAGGUUCUGUCAAGUUAUUAUCAGUUAUAGUUCCCUUACUUGUAGUAAAAUGUUACAUCACACAUAGAUGGUAGAAAAGGCCAGAACACCUCAGGGUUUGAAAUGCUGACCCCUCACACCACCCACCCUGCCAUUUUAACUGGUUUCAGUCACCAACAGCAACUCAAACAUUUCAUGAUCAUUUCCAUUGAAUAAAAUGUUAUAUUAGUGAAAAUUUAGGGUGCAUUCACACUGCUGGGCCGGUCCAGGGAUCGGUAAAAGUGAGAAAACUCACACCUUCAGUUGGCCCGGUUUGCUUUCACACAAAUUUUAAAGACCGGACUGAGCAAAAUCAUGCAGUGGCAAUGGAUUGUUUUGGGGGUGGUGUGGAGCUUAUCGAGAAGAAAAUGGCAUGAAGAAGAAAGUCCAUCUCAUCGGGGUUUUUGUUGCCACUUUGGUGCUUAAUUGUAGUCAUAUGACUGCACCUCUGCACUACUCCACGUCGCCCCACGGGACAUUUUCAAACACCCUUUGUUUUUCCUCUACUUCUUCUACUCAAAUGCACUGCUCUUAUGUUACAUAUUCUCUUCCUGCUUUUGGUACACUUUCACACUGCAAGCAAACUGCUCCAGGGUCCAGAUAAACUUUGCCAAGACCUUUAGUUUUGACCGUGACUGGGUACAGUUUCCUAUGGUCUGUUUUAGGGUUCGGGUUUGGUUCACACCGCAUGAUCUGCUCAUAAACCGAACUCUGGCACAUUACAAAGUGUUCCAAAGGUUUUGUGUGGAAGGACUGUGAAUAAACUUUCAUAAGUCACUGUUCUUUGCUCAGGUAACAUCAUUUCACAUAAUUUCAGCGUUAGAAAACUGCAACAGACAUAAAAACAGAUAGACGUUCAUGCCUGCUAAUAUAGUGUUUUCUUCCAUGUUUUCAGAGUUGUUUUGAAUAACUAAAAUCAUUUUAUUCAUUCUAUAAACUCACUGCGACAUAACAUCUUUCUACUACAUGUAAGGGAUCUAUUACUGAUUUAAACUACACAGAAUUUCACUUCAACAAAUCUAUCCCUUUAAUUUCUAUGGUGAUUGUUAUGGUUAUUACACUAACCUUCCUUGAUGAAACAUGAGCUGCAAAUUGGAAAGUGGUAAGCACUUCCAAAGUGCCUGACUAAUAGAAAACUAAAGCAGUGUUUUAACAGAAAAUGAUUGGUUAGCUGAAAACAGUAGCUACAGACUGUCUGAGACUGUUUCAGGAUGGCAGAAGUCAUGUUUCAUCUUACCUCUGUUCUGAUUAGCUUUUGGCUUCAGUCUCUGUAGAAAACUGGUCCCUGCACAGGUAAGAUAUUAGCUGCUUUUAACCUCUUAGCACAACCUACCACCAAUAAUUGAAUCCCUUUGUUUAAGUUAGAUUUUACUUGUCCCAUCACAUGCAUGUUGGAUUUUCAUGACCAGGUACAGACACAUAUCACAUUUUUAGAUCACAAGAAAUAUGACAAUGUCACCUUCAACAUUCCAGCUAUUUCAACUCUAUAAACGGUCUAUGGGUUUUGCUAUGAAGUGAGAUGGAAAUAUUGAACAAUAUCCAAGACUUACUGUAAUAAGUGAACAUUUCAGUUUUAUUUCCUUUCAUCUUCAUUUUGACUGGUUGCAUCACCUUCCUCUGGAAUUUUAAAGCGAAAUACGAUAGAUAAAACUGUU